UCCGCGCCGCGGGCCCCGCCGCUGCCAGCCGCCUCGGGGCGGGGCGAGCGCUAUAAAGGCGCAGCGGGCGAGCGGGCGCCGUGGUUUCUGCUCCUCGCCAUGUCCUCGCCGGUGUUCGCUGGGGCCGGACAGCAGAGCGGGCUGCAGGUGUGGCGCGUGGAGCGGCUGGAGCUGGUGGAGGUGCCCCCCAGCCGCCACGGCGACUUCUUCGUGGGAGACGCGUACCUGGUGCUGCGCACCGAGCGCCGCGGCGCCGCCGCCGCCCACCGCCUGCACUACUGGCUCGGGAAGGAAUGUACCCAGGAUGAAAGCACAGCAGUAGCUAUCUUUGCUGUUCAACUGGAUGACUAUUUAGGAGGAAAGCCUGUGCAGAGUAGAGAAAUUCAAGGAUAUGAGUCUACUGAGUUUGUGAGCUACUUCAAAGGAGGAAUUAAAUAUAAGGCAGGUGGUGUUGCCUCUGGAUUUAAUCAUGUAGUUACUAAUGAUCUGAGUGCUCGGAGGCUUCUGCAUGUCAAGGGCCGGAGAGUUGUAAGAGCCACAGAAGUCCCACUGGCUUGGACCAGCUUCAACAGAGGCGAUUGUUUUAUUAUUGACCUCGGAACUGAAAUCUAUCAGUGGUGUGGCUCAUCAUGCAAUAAAUACGAGCGGCUGAAGGCUACUCAAGUUGCUAUUGGUAUUCGGGACAAUGAACGAAAUGGAAGGGCUAAAUUAAUUACCGUGGAAGAAGGGAGUGAACCAGACCGGCUCAUAGAGGUUUUAGGGAGCAAGCCAGAGCUUCCCGAGUGUGAUGACAGUGAUGAUGAACUGGCUGAUGUUGCAAACAGGAGAAGUGCUAAACUAUAUAUGGUGUCAGAUUCAAGUGGAUCCAUGAAGGUGUCUGUGGUAGCAGAGGAAAACCCCUUCUCCAUGGCUAUGCUUUUGUCUGAGGAGUGCUUUAUUUUGGACAAUGGUGCUGCAAAGAAGAUCUUUGUGUGGAAAGGCAAAGAUGCUAACCCACAGGAAAGAAAAGCUGCCAUGAAGAAUGCUGAACAAUUCAUACAGCAGAUGAAUUAUCCUGCCAACACACAGAUUCAAGUCCUUCCUGAAGGAGGCGAAACGCCAAUUUUUAAACAAUUUUUCAAAGACUGGAAGGAUAAAGAUCAAAGUGAUGGCUUUGGCAAAGUGUAUGUCACAGAGAGAGUGGCUAAAAUUGAGCAGAUUGAAUUUGAUGCUACCAAGUUACAUGAGUCUCCACAAAUGGCUGCCCAGCAUAACAUGGUAGAUGAUGGUUCAGGGAAAGUAGAGAUCUGGCGUGUGGAAAGCAGUGGCAGAGUUCCUGUGGGACCUGAGACAUACGGACAAUUCUAUGGUGGUGACUGCUACAUUAUCCUCUACACUUACCCUAAAGGGCAGAUCAUCUACACAUGGCAAGGAGCCCAUGCUACAAAAGAUGAACUGACUGCAUCUGCAUUUCUCACUGUUCAGCUGGAUCGGUUAUUGAAUGGUCAGGCUGUGCAGAUCCGAGUCAGCCAAGGCAAAGAGCCUGCACAUUUACUGAGCUUGUUCAAAAACAAACCACUUAUUGUAUACAAGGAUGGGACAUCCAAGAAGGAAGGUCAGAAACUUGCUCCACCUACACGACUCUUUCAAAUCCGCAGGAACCUGGCAGCAGUUACCAGGAUUGCGGAGGUUGAUGUUGAUGCAAUGUCACUAAACUCUAAUGAUGUCUUUGUUCUGAAACUGCCAAACAACUCCGGCUACACCUGGAUAGGAAAAGGAGCAAACAGAGAAGAGGAACAAGGGGCUCAAUACAUUGCUGGCGUUCUUAAAUGCCAGACUAUUAAGAUUAAUGAAGACCAGGAACCAGUGGAAUUCUGGAAAGCACUUGGAGGUAAAAAAAAAUACCAGACUUCAUCACAACUCUUGACAAAGGCUGAAGAUCAUCCCCCUCGCCUGUACGGUUGUUCUAAUAAGACCGGCAGAUUUAUUAUUGAGGAGGUCCCAGGGGAAUUCACUCAGGAUGAUUUGGCUGAAGAUGAUGUCAUGUUGCUGGAUGCUUGGGAGCAGGUUUUUGUCUGGAUUGGGAAGGAUGCUAAUGAAACUGAGCGACAGGAAUCCGUUAAAUCUGCCAAACGCUAUAUUGAAACAGAUCCUUCUGGCAGAGAUAAGGGGACACCCAUUGUAAUCGUGAAGCAGGGGCACGAGCCCCCAACGUUCACAGGCUGGUUCCUGGCUUGGGACUCCAACAAAUGGAAGAACUGAUGUAUCCAAGGAGGCUGCAGUUUCAAGCCAAAGAAUGAUCAGAGCCCAGCUAUUUCCUAGUAUUUUUAAGCAUAAACUUAUGCAACAAAAAGAUGCAUCUGUUACAUUUUACUGAGCUUUGGUAUAUUUCUGUUGAAUAACCUAGAAGUUCUUAGCACUGGAAAGGAUAAAUUAGAAUUGUAAACUGGUCAGAUGGGGUGAGUGGGGCUUAGCAUAUAGAGAUAUGGAAAGUGCUGUCAACACUUUGUUUAAUCUAUUGAUUCUUCAAACAGAAGCUCUGAAUUAGUUUAUUUUAAUGUGCUGAAAUGGGCCAAAUUAUACCUUCGCUUGAAAUUCCAAACUAGUGCCAAAGAAAUGCCUUUAGAUUAAGGUCAGCUUAAUAUCAUGCAGAAUUUGGCCUGAUAAAGAACUAAUUCUUCAUCUGUUGAAAAGGUAGGACUGGAUAUACUUACUAGGCCAAAAUAUUGACACUCUCACUCACAUAAAAUUUCAGAUGAUCCUCAAUCUAGAGAUGGCACUGUGUCUUGCAGGAGGCGAAUGGGUACUUUGAGAAAGCUGUGGUUAACAUGGUUGGUUGGUUGUUUUGUUAGUACAUAUGUUUGGAGCGUAGGACUGUGUGGUUGUAAGAAUAUGAAGUUGAUGACAUGUUUCGAGGGACCGCCUGGUUCAUUGUAAUUAAUUUAUUUAGAUUUAUCUCUGUAAACCAGCCUCCAGCUCCAGAUCUUUUUAACCAAAGCUCUUAAACACAUUCUAGCACACUAGUGCUUUUAAGAGGAAGCAGAAGUAACAGUUUCAAAAAUACUUACUCUGCCUUAACCAGAUUGCACUUUAGCUGUGCUUUGUCUCGGUUGCCUUACUCAGCAUUUUCCAGCAGCUGCUCGCAUUGUCAGGUGCAGGAUGCAUUUCUAGUAAUUUUCUAUGCAGGUCUUAGAUACCAAUUACAUCAAGCGCAAAGAAAUUCCUUGUUUCAGUAGCAUUCCACAUUCUGGGAAUCUGGAGUGUGAGUACACACCAUAGAGUGACCUUCUCUUUCUCCUCAGACACAGUUAUUUUGGAUUUUUUUUUAUUCUGGUGAAUUUAAGAGUACAUUUUCACAGUGUUUUUUAUUUGUAGCUUAGCCAGAAAAGUCUGUAAGGGCAGUGAGAAAAUCUGCUUCAAAUAUUUAGCACUGCUUUCAACACUUAUCCUAUAAUGCCUAUUUUAAACAACAAUUUUUACAGCUGUAAAUCACGUCAAUGUUGUAUUUUAAUGCAGCCAUUUCAAGGGGGUUUUAUUCUACAAAUCAGGUUGCAAAGUGAAAUUUUAGACAUUUUUGUACUUUUUUAAUAUGAUUGUGAUUUUGAAUCUGAGAAAUGCCAAAGAGUGAAUUUAGUCUGAGCUCAUAAUCAGUAUCAAUGACUAAAGAAUUGUUAAGGUAAGAGAUUAAUUAUGGGAGUCUGUUAGCUUUAAACAUCCAUUUAAAUCUCUGCUAAUAUAACUGGGCUGUAUCUGAAUGUAAUUUCAUUUAAAAUAAAAUUAAAAGAAACAGUAUUCUGUAUGCUGAUGUUCCUCUCUCUGCCAUACUGUUGCUGAGUGCUUCCAGUGAUGACUAACAACACUUCCUAAAAAAUUCAUUAUAUACCUUCCUUUUUAGAUGGAUAAUGCAAUGAGAAGCUUGGGGUUUGGUUUUCUUUUUUUACUUUGGGGCCAUUUUACCCAAAGUACAGCUAACUCUUCCCAACAACUUUAAAGUUACAAACCUAAGUGAAAAUCAAGACCUGGGUGCUUAUUAGCUUAUGAUUUAAUCUUUAAGAAAAACUAUCAUUGUUACCAAAAUCUUUGGCUUUGUGGCUUUCUGCUUGCAAAAAUGCUUGACUAUGCAAAAGACUCUAUUGUAAAACAGGAGGAAAUAGAUAUGUUUUUAAAGGAUAGGUCUUAGUUUUAUUUGUGAGGGUAGAUAAGCUGUCCUUUUCCUGCUGGGAGGAGCACAAAGACCUUUUCAGUUCCUCAGCUACUGCACUUCAUAUAGUCAUUGAGCAGCCUGUAAUUAUCUGGUGGUUGUCUUCAACACAUACAUACAAUUCUUCUCAUUUUUUAAAAUAACAAUUACAGUAGCUUCUUAACCAAAGAUUAGACAAGAUUUGCCCUCCUUGUACAAAAUAUCUUCAGAACACUGAGGGCUCUGAACCCAGCACAGUCUGCUAGUAUAUUCUGUAGCACUGAAAGCCUCUUUUCAGUUCCCUCACUGAAGACAGAGGAGCUUUUGUGGUCUCCUGGCCUGAGCAUUUGGGUUUACAAUACAUUGUCCCAGCACAUUGAUUACUGAUGUUGAGAAGAGCAUUGAGAGCUCAUAACUGAAUAGUGAUCUCAACCGGGCUUAAAGGACAACAGCUGCUAGCAACAUCAUUCUUGGACUCACUUGCUUGUGAGGAAGUUUAUUUUUCAUACAUAUAUGUCAAAUACACACAAAGAUGUAUUUGUUUCUCUCUCUCUGAAGAAGAAACAGACAGGAUGGACUGCAAGUGCUUAGAAAUAUUAAAGAUUAAGCUGUUUUCACAAAAAUACUUAAGUGCAUAACUUUGUGAAUACACAUAGCAACCCUGUCUGCCUUAUUUUUAGAAUAAAUAGAAAAAAAUUGUGCAGAUGUAUGCAGCACAGUCAAGUUCAAUCAAGAAUAAGCUAUAUCUUGCAUUAUUAUCAAACAGUAACAGUAUUUUCAGUGUAUUUGUUAUGGCAAAAUUAGACCCUGAGUUAGCAGUUUCAUUACGCUACCAAACAGCAAGUACUCAUAUGUUUUAUUGGUUGUAAAUAAAGCAUCAUUUUUCAUCUUCAUUAUACAGAAUUUCAUCGCAACAGAAAGAUAAUGUUAGGAGUCCUCACAGCCAACAGGACAUCGUAAUACUAUACACAGUAUUGGUAGUUUACAUAAAAUAGCAUAAUCUUAGAAUAUAACUACAGAUUGUAUGCAGAAGAGGAGCCAGCUUCUGGAAUCGCUGUUCUAAAUACCCAUUUUGACCAUAGCACAUAGUGCUGUAUAGCAUCAGAUGUGCUGUAAAUGGUUGCUAAAUGUAGCUACAUUCAACUGAACAGUUUGAUCUCUUGCUAGAGAUUCACGUAGGAUUUAGCUGCAACAACAAGAAAAUUAUAAUGAUGGCAGACGGGUGGAUCGUAGACAGAGGGUACUAACCCUCACAGGACAGCUAAGGAAUCAUAAUAUAUUGCUCACGGGACAACAGGAGGUGCUCUCGGGCACUUCUAUAGCCCACUGGAACACUUGUUAGAAUAUUGCGAUCUUCUUGUCAUCUUCAUUGUUACCAGAUCCGAAAAGGCUAAAAAAACCCUCAACAA